ACUGUCGUGCAGGAGCAGGAGCGCGAGAACCGCCGGAGCCACGGCAAGAACAAAACCGCGUUUCUACACAAAUUUUUCACGAAGAAGGAACAAUAUGGGACUCUCAAUUGUUACAUUCUCAGCUGUUACAUGAAUUUGUGACGCAAGAAUGGCAACAGGGAAAGGCCGGAUCUUGUAACUCUUGCAUUACAAAUUCGGCACAGAUCCUCAUCCUGUUUAGCCCUUCCAAAAUUUGUCAUGCGGAGUAGCUUCAGUUUGUGGACGUUGACAAAUCAUGUUACAGUUGAGAAUGUAACAUUUGAGAACGCCAUAAACAAGCCAAAGUGGGUAUGAUCGUGACAAAAAUUAUUCAUAGCGUGGCCUCCACGCCGGCGAGGACCCCGUAGAAGAGGUACCUACAACUGUAGGCAAAGGUAUUGUUGGAACUUGUCAUGUGAAUGUGUUGUCAAGUAAAAGUGCCCUUCGUAGGAGCACCAACUGGAACUGCUCCUGAGGUUCUUUUUACAGAGCUGUGGUUCAUCCCGUAGUUCUAGUUGCCAUUUCUGUCAAAGCAGAACAUGGAGACAUCCUGUGUUGGACCACGAGCAGGCGAUAUCAACAUCUCUGACUUCAUUUUACGGAUCGCCAUAGCAUCUCGUGUAGGCCACGCAAUUUUACUUUUUCCACUGGAUAACGGGCUGUGACAUUGACACUCCGGCGCCGUUGGAACUGCCCGCUGCUCCGAUCGCCGUCGUUUCUGCCGUGACCACUGCUGCGCCUCCGGGAGGGGGUUCCGCCACCAAGCAGAAAUGCGUGGACGGGGUUGCCCAAAAACUGAUCUGUCAAGAUCCACUUCUCACCAACGCCACCAUGGAUGAAACAGCGAAGGCGCUGGAGUGCGCGGGAGCCACGUGCGCCACAGUUGACGAGGCUCAGUGCUGUGUUGUAUCAUGUGUAAAAACGUAGUUGUCCCCACGACCCCGUCCUGGUGAACAAGACGGGGAAUCUGCUAUGCAAAUCAAGUAAUUAAGUACAUACUUUUCGCAUUCAUGCGCGACAAGAAGAAAUUCGGAUCCAGUGCAUUAGUAGAUGUGGUGAGCUGUAGUUGCCAUAUAAUCUCGACGACUCCUGUUUUUCAUUCCCAUUACAGGAGCGCGAUAACUUGCAAACCACGACUAGAAAAUACCUCACUGCAUGCGCAGUCGCAUGAGAGGACACUGUCCGCACUACAUUCGAGAUUUCGUUUAGAUGCGACCUACUGGCGCGGGGAAGGGAAGUACAUUCAUUUUUACGUUGGAUACAUCGAGGCGCUCAAGUUGGCUCUACCGAGUAACCACCGCCAGCAGCAGACGUGCGAAGCGGGGUUCGAGGCCAAAAAGUUCACCUGUGCGAACGGAGUGGCGGAGUCUCCGGAAUCGAUACGCAUCGCAAAAGAAUCGCACUAGUGGAAGUUGCAUUAUACAGCAAGGAUCUUUUGAAAGAUGACGCUGCAACAUUCAACCAGAUACAACAAUUUGUAGCUAAAGAGCGCUAAAUUAGAAGGAUGAUCGUGUGAUGAAAUUCGAAUUUGUCAUUCAAUAUUGCAGCUGGUGCGAUUGCGCUGCUUUUGCGCUGGACAUCCAAUCAGCUGCAGCAGCGCCGAGUGCGGCGAGGAAGAUGUGGACGCGUGCUGCAAGGAGGCUCCUGCGGCAACUUCUGGUCACGAAACUUGCCUGCAGGGGGUCGAAGCGAAGCGGAUUUGUCAAGCAACUGGCUCCGUUCAUCCUGAGGUCACCACGGACAACAUGCGCGCUGAUGUGAAGGCGCUGCAUUGUGGAGCGGAAGAAUGCACCAGCGAUGACGAGGCACAGUGUUGCGUAUCGUUUACCUCCUGCGGCGCGAUCAAGACCGAAAACGCUUGCGGGCUACAGGCUAUCAACCUGAAAAAUGAAUGUUCUUGAUAGUGCUACCCUGCUGUACCUUCGUAUCGUCUUUCUCUCCAUUGGAUGUUGGGACAACUGGAAGACGAGUCGAAAAGCAAGCUUCGUUUGUUUAUGCAUUGAAGGACUUGCAAGAAAUAAACAAGACUCAUACACUAGUAGUUCAUACGACAGCAUAAUUAUGCGGCUGAGAGCAAGCGUUUGCAAUUGCAAAUGUCGGAAAAGCUAAAAAAGACUGCCUCAUCUAUCUUCGUUCCCUCGGUGCAUGGGAUAAACAGCUGCUAGCUUCACCUUUUCACUUGAUAGCUCCGAGUGAAGGCCACCAAUGUGUCUGGACGCAGAAAAAGAAAGACGAGAUGCUGAAGAUCGAGGCAAACGGCUGCCCGGACCGAGGAGUACCUCCCUUCUGUCCACGGGUGUGGGAAAACGACGGAGCAGAGCAGUGUUUGGACUGCGGGGCUUUGACGGAUAUCUAUGGGGGGGGUCUGAUAGAUGUAUGCGAGACAAAUCAACACUGCUGCCGUUGAAGAUCUUCCUCCGCCCUUUACUCCUGUUCCGCUGAUGGUAAUUCUUGUCAUGCUCCCUUGCAUGAGAGGCACCUGUGGUCUAGUACAGGUCGUCUGUUCGUCUAUUGAUGUCUGGUGUCAGCAGCAGUUGCAGUACAACCGAAGAGCUCGUUUCUUGGAUCGAAGCAGCUCUAUAGUGCCAUGCUAUGACCACCAUAGCAUGUCUGCCACUUCCGGAGCACCUCUCCAGUGGUCGGCCACAACUCGUCUCGUGUUUUGUAUCUGCCAAUAAAUGUAAAUCUAAAUGUGAAGCGCCGCACCACCAGCAUGACAAUCACAUGCGUGGCACGAUGUUGAACUUCGAGUCGUGCUGUGCCUGCUCGGAGUUCUAUUAUACGUAGGGUUUUGACGCGGACUACAUCAUGAGGGAGCAGUGCGUAUUCGCAUUUCAUAUCUCGGACUCGAUUACUGCGCCGGACAGUCCGAUGGGAAGUGCGAGUUGACACGGCAAGUGCGUUGCCAAGGCCUCGUAAUGAGCAACGGGUGGUCCGAGGGGGAAUGA